AUGCAUUCAGAGUCAGUAAGAUAAAAGGCGAUUAGAUAUAUAAAUGAACUAUAAACAGAAGAUGAUGAUAGAUUUCUUCCUUACAAAUAAGAAAGAGAUCAUGUUGGUUUAUUAUUGAAUACCUAAAGAAAAUCAAAAUCGAAUAAUUAAUUGAAUACAAAAGCUCGAAUCAAACAUGUUUAUAGUUUAGCUUCAAUUACUAAAUAAUAGCCAUCUUAAUCAACUUAAUAAAAUACUGUUUAGAAACAUAAAAAAGAAAACAGUGCUCAUAAUUUAGACUUAUCACUUCUAUUCAACUUAUAACCUCCAUCUCCUGAAGAAUAAGUUAAAGCUAAAUAAUAUAAAGAUAUGAUGGAAAAGAAAGCUCUAUUAGAAAUGUAUGAAAGAAAGAAAGAUACUAAAGUUGUUAGUCCUGCUUUAGAAUAGAUGAUUGAAAAACUCAAUUCAAGUAUUACACAAGAUAAGUUUGUAUGGAAAAUGAGUAAUGUAGAUAAAGGUAGAAAUCUUGGUUAUUUAUUUCAUGAAUCUAAAUUAAGAAAACAUAAUCGUAAAAUUUAGAAACUACAGCCUUCUCUUCCUAAUUAUGAACCUAAUUAUCAAGCAAUUCUACCAAAAUCUAUAUCAAUACUUAUUAAACCAAGUGAGAAACCUUCUUAUUCUUAACAAAUCUAAGAGUUCAUAAGAAAAAAUCAGUUAGAUAAGGAAGCAUCUAAACAACCUUAAACUAACAUUUCUAAGAAAGAUAAUACUCUUGAAAAAAUGUAUAGCAUAAUUUAGAAUCAAAUUACAAGAGAAGUGAAUUAAUCACUUAUAUCCAAUCCAUAAUCAAUGAAUCCUUUAGAAGAAUUUAGUGCAAAACCUAUUGAAGACACUUAUAUAUAAUAAUUUCAUUUACAAGUUAAACAAAAAAUGAAAGAAACAAAUAGAGCUAGGAAGAAUAUCUAAAAUAAAAUAUAAGAAUUUGAUUCUUAUUUAUAAAAACACAAUUGA